AUGAACGGCCUCGAAGAUCCCUCCAAAAAAGCUCGCAAUCGACCACGGACGUACCCGUAUUUUAAGUACCUCCCAUAUGAGCUUGAGGAUGAAACUCAGCGGCAACAGAAUCUUGAUGAGAUCCUCAAAUACCUCUAUAUCGCGGUGCAAUCGGGUGAUUUUAACCCUGGCGCUGUCCAUUGGACUCGGGAGCUCCGGUCAUGGCUUUCCCUGAAAUUCGAUCCCACCCGGGAACAGCGAGCGAAGCUGGUUAGGCUCUACUAUGAACUCUCGCUAGCGCCAGGGGUCGAUGCGAGCAUUUCAGAUAGGUUUGCCAGCAUGUUUAUGACGCUCACAAAGAGGAAACACUAUCUCCGCCCAGUCAAAGAUAUCACCCUGGAUUGGAAACCACUUUAUCGCGAAAUAAAAGUUUUCGUCCUCCCUUCCGAAUCAGAGCUUGUGCAUUCCACAAGUUCGAAACGUAAUAUCAAAACGCUUACGAAGUUAUGUUCUUUUGCACAGCUUUAUUUUAACCCCCUUGAAAUUCCAGCAAUGAUAGAAGACUUUUUCCCUCACUUCACCACAUCGUUCACAGAGGGAGCAUUUGUCGUGGUUGGCUUGAUGAACUUGUUUUUACCUACAUCUCCAGGCCCAAAAGACAGAACGGAUUUGUACCCCCAGCAUUACAUGCCCACUUACUUCCACCUGUGGUCCACAGUAAACCGAUCCAGAGCUUUUGAUGUCACUUUUCUAGACCUGCUAUCGCGUUUAGCUCGGGAUUGGUUACCUGCCCAUCACGUUUCAUUCUCCGAGUUUGGCAUCUUUACCUCUGAGCAAACCGCUUUGAUAUUUACUGCAAUUCUGAGAAUCCUUGAGAUUCCCGUCGGUCAAGCAACUUCUUCAUACAGUGGUGUAGUUGAUCUCUGUGCGGGGCUUGGCGUCAUGCUCGAUAGGGACCCAAGAGGGCAUCCAAUUGCACAUCAUAUCGCGAGGCUCAUUGUCAUGUCUCUAUCCCCUGCUUGUGUCGAUGCCAAUGAUUCAAUCCUUAGCCGACUUGAAGGUUUGGUAGAAGCGGUGGAAACUUUCUUUCACCCGUCAAACGCAGGAACAUGGUCGAAGAUUCUUUCACAAUUGAUCAACUACCUGGCUGACUUCUUCGUCAUGCGCUGGAACCGAGAGAGGAGUGGUGAAAUAGAGGUUCCCGCUGAGCGAAAAUUGGACAAUGCCGUCAAACACCGUUUCGUUUUGUGCCUUCGAGAGGUUACGUUUAUGGGAAUAUAUUCCAAGAGUGGAACGGCAAUGAAUUACUCCCUGGCCACUCUCCAGAGUUUAGCAUACCUGGAACCGAGCUUAAUCCUACCCGGAGCUUUGCAGCGGAUAUAUCCCGCGAUGCAAGGAGUUGUUGAGGUGCAUAGAACAACAUCUUCACUACGAUCGCUUCAGGUUCUCUCGAAAAUUAUGAUUCGAACAAAAGGAUUCCGUUGCCACAUUACAACUUUACUCGGUCUGGCAUUACCAGGGAUUGACGCGAAUGACCUUGAGAAGUCGCUCCAUUCUCUGGCUUUCAUCCAGUCUGUCUGUUACAAUAUCCCGUUUGAAGAUCUUACUCAAGGACGUGAAGACGUCAAUGGAAAUAUGUUAGCCAUGCAGUGGAUUACAGGAGAACUCGAAAGGAUGGAGGAGGAAGGUGCCUCUGUCGAAAUGAACUAUGACACUAGCCUCAGUGACGAAACCGAACAGAUGAUAUUGCGGUCAUCUACCACUGGGUUUGGUGAAUUUCUGAUAUCUUUCCUUGGCAGAGUCUUUACUCUCUUGGAGAACCUCCCGGAUGCUGCGCGAGUCCGUAGCGGCUCACCUGAGGAAAACGUUCUCAAUACUCUACCCGCCACUUUCAUGCCACUCCUUGCUUCUUUAUCUUCAGAAUUAUACGACGUCGCCCUCCAUAAAAUUGUCGACUUUGUAGCCGAGCACGUUAUUCACCAAGCUCGAGAUGCAGUGGCGUUUAUUUGCAAUGCGCUCUGCAAAGUGAACCCCGAAAAAGCGCUCAAGCGAUUUAUUCCAUUGUUGAUUCGAUCUAUCCGUACCGAAAUUGACGAAAACGGGGCGGCGUCGACCAGAACGACUGGCUCUGAUGUGCUCCCUCGAGACCGCGGCCUCGUUUGGAACGUCAGUAUGCUUAGCAUGUGCGUGGUGCAUGUUGGGGGUGAGAUCUUGAAGUAUAAGCAAGAGCUUAUUCACAUUGCCACCUACAUGCAGAAAAAAUGCAAAGGUAUUCCAACAAUUCAUAUCUCGAACUUCAUUCAUCACCUGCUCUUGAAUCUUACGGCGACUUGUACGGUGGAUCACGCGCUGUUCGAACCGUCCAUCAUUGAAAAUGGGGUUCAGGUUGAACAAUGGGGCCAGAGGCAGGAUCCCAAAGACCUCACCAUCAAAUGGCAUGUCCCGCAGCGAGAAGAGCUAGAAUUUGCAGUGGAAUUGUUUACAACGCAGAGUGAAAACGCAUUGGAACAUCUUACGAACUUGACUAGUGAUAACCCAAGGAUUAAGCGAGAUGGGAGCGGCAAAGAUUGGUCGGAUGAAGUAACAAGAAAUAUUAUUUUACUCAGGCUGAUACUUUCGGGGAUUUCUGUCCUGUUCAACAACCGCGCGGCCUCGAAGAACAAAAUUUCGGACAGUGAUGUCGACAUGACUGAUGCGGAUGACUCUGGCGAGUUAGUCCAGCAAGAUGAUCCUGAUUCUGCGCUUGAUAGCUCUGAUGAAGCGACUAUCAGACGUACCUUUUCUUAUCCAAGUGGAUAUUCCUUGACGGACGACGACCCUCUCUGUAUUGCGCUGCACGAAACCAGGGACAAAAUCGGGCAAGUGCUUCAUAACGUGCAUAGGUUCUUGGUUGAAAAACAGGAGGAUGACGUUUCUUGCUUCUCCCCAUUGUACACUGCUUAUCGUUCGUGGUUUAUGGAUGUGGGAAUCGAGAGGACUGCACACGUACUGGAUCGGGUCACCAAAUUGCUUUCUGCUGAUUCGUAUCCUUACAAAAUGAGCGGCGUGAGGAAAGAUUACCCUCGCCCUCUCCUCGUUCGCCGCGCCAAUGUGUACCAUUUACAACGACUUCGACAUAAUGCUACCCCUCGACCGCGAUCAAAACUAGACGAAACUUUACUCCUUGACCUAGCUGAAUCAAGCGUUUCCUUGUAUACCGAUAUCCGCAGGAAUGCACAACUUGCUGGCGAGUCUGCCCUCAAAGCGGUUUGGGGUUCGCGACUGCUUGUGAUUCCGCCGCUUAUCCAAGCCCUGCAAACUGCUUUAAAAGACAAUGACUUUCCCCGUAUCAAAGGUGCGCUAUAUUCGCUGCUUUUUGGGAGUCUAGCCAAAACAUUAGGUCGUCACUGGAAAUACACGCCAUCACUCAUUCGGGCCUUUAUCGAGGCUAGCACUGUUGAUAAGCCGUCCGUACAGAAGAUUUGCAACACUGGCUUGUAUCAAAUAAUUGAGUAUGGGCGUGAUGCGGAUAGGAUGGCCAUCCUUGACAAGGAUAUUGUCGGCGCGAUUGCGCCAACGGAAAGUGUUGACGAUAUGAUUGCAAAGAAGAGAGAAAGCCUUCAAAAGAAACGAAUUUUGAUUGAAAAUAAAAAGGCCGAUCUUGCCGACGAACUAGUGAAUUUGGCAAGAGUGUCACAUUGGAAGAAGGCUAGUCGCACCGCUCCAAUUGUCAUUGGCAUGGGCCUGCGGUUUGACAAUGUGGCAAGCGAGAAUCUGAUCAGCCUAAUAAUUAAUGGGGCUAUCGACACUCAUCCGGGCCUUCGAGGGAUGUAUUCACAAACGAUGGUGGCUAUAUUUACGAUGAUCGAUGUUAGAGCAGCAUGCAGCCACACGUAUGAAGAUUAUAUCCUUGGGAAGCAAUAUUAUCCUGCGAAAAUUCAGGUCGCCACAAAACCAGACGAUCCGAACUGGACGCGAGACUUUCUUGCCAGCUUUGCCAAACCAGAUGCGGAGUAUUAUGUUGACCACGAAAAUCCUGGGUGGCUGGUAUGGGACAAGACGAUGACUGCGUAUAAGCCCAAUGUGAAGUGUGAUAUUGAGUACGACGAACUUGAAUGGAAUGUUCGGAAGUUUAUGGGAGCUUUGUUCGACCGAAAAUGGUUUUCUGAGUUCUUUCGAUAUCUGAAACAAGAGCCGAGAGAUAUGUCGGCUGAUAAAUUUCGGAUGUCGAGCGCAAUGACGCUCCUUUAUGUUUUUCAACUUAUGACUCGUGAUGAUCUUACGAAAGCGACGUUUGAGGACAUCAAAGAGGAAAUCACUGCUGUUUUUGAGGACGGAAGCGAUAAACAUCAACAUCGCGCGACUGCCGAAAUAUUAGCAGGAUUAAUCGGAUCUGUUGUGGAUAGCAGUGUUGAACGACGCACAAAGGUUUGGGAAUAUGCGUUUCCAAUUAUUCAGAAGAUAUUUUCUGAUGGACUGACGCCUGAGAACUCAUCCUACUGGACUCAAUUUAUCCAUAUGACGUUCCAAUGUCGUGAUCCACGAAGGGCAUGGCCGUUGAUAGAUUGGCUCGCCAGUUUCCGCCUUGAUAUGUCUUCUAACGCUGCAUUCAAGGAAAGUUCGAAAAUAAACUUACUCCACCAGUGCAUCUUAGAUGCCGGCUGGCAUUUCCAGCUAGAAAAACCGAUCGUUGAAGAUUUCCUUUCGCACCUUGAUCACCCUUAUAAAGGUGUUCGUGACGCGGUUGGGCGGACGUUGGCAUCGAUCUUCCGCACGAGAUAUCAUGAGUCGUUCCCGAAUAUUGAUGCUUUGAUUAUGUCCCAGAAAGAGGCUUCGUCGGUUGGUAGCCGUGCUUAUCAACCCACCGAACAAUUCUCGGCGAUGAUACAUGAUGUUUUUGACCGGCUUGAAAAGUGGCGUCAUCAAAGGACUCCUGGCCAGCAAACGCCUUCGUCCUAUACUUCCGGCAGCAAAACGGUAUUGCUAUGGCUUGAUUCAUCUCUCUCUUCAUACGAGUGCACCCAAUUGCUUCCCUUUUUCCCACAACUUUUUACCGAGCAAUUGCUGCAUAUGAUGGAUGUGAAGGAAGACCCUGAGCUUCAGUCAUUGGCAUACCAUGUUUUCAGACAUCUUCCAAACAUUCCACAUCCUGCUGGCGAAGAUUCAGAGUUUGUGGAUACCUUAAUUCGGAUUGGCCGUACCUCCCAAUCCUGGCAUCAACGAUUGCGAGUUAUGAUCAACAUGCAGAUUAUCUACUUCCGCCGAUUAUUUUUACUUUCCAAGUUUGACCGUGAGAAGCUGUUUGAUUGCGUUGCAAACAUGCUUGAGGACCCCCAGCAUGAGGUUCGAGCGGGAGCUUCAGCGACAUUGUCUGGGAUGAUCCGGUGCUCUCCUAUCCGACUUCGCACUGAUAUGGUUCUCAAGCUUCGAGAUCGAUUUACUCAGUCUCUAGUUAAACAUCCUCUACCCAAAAAGCGCCGCAUUUUUACAUCGGGGUUCUCGUCUGCGACUUCAACCGGCACCAGUACUCCCACUCCAGAACACACGCGAUUGGUUAUUACAAGACACGCUGCUGUUCUUGGGCUUGGUGCACUGAUCCAAGCGUUCCCGUAUACUAGUCCUCCGCCAGCUUGGAUGCCUGACGUGCUGAUCACGUUGAGCACCAAAGCGGCUGGCGACCCAGGGAUCGUAGGGCAGAGCGUGAAGUCGAUUAUCAGUGAAUUCAAGAAAACAAGACAAGACACAUGGCACAUUGACGUUAAGGCCUUUGAACCCGAUCAAGUUGAAGAUUUGGCGGGCGUUUUAUGGAAGAGUUACUUUGCAUAG